AUGAUGUCCAAUCCGCACGUCUAUGGUCACCAUCAGUAUCCCCAGGCCGAUCCAGCCUGGAUGCACCAGCAGACGUCACACCAGCACCACGCCCAGGCUGCGGCCGCCGCUGCCAACGUCGCCCAGCAGCAGCACUACAACCGCAUUGCCACCGCCCACAACACUGUCGGCGCCCUGGCCCAGGCUCAGGCCCAUCCCCAAGAAAGCAGCCUCGAGUCGUCCGUGUCAGAGGACAACCGCCGUACUCUUCAGUACAUCGCCGACCUGUUGAACGAGAACACACGCGAGGGUGCCUUGUUGGAGCUCAGCAAGAAGCGAGAGCAGGUUCCCGAGCUUGCCCUCAUUUUGUGGCACUCGUUCGGCGUCAUGACAUCGUUGCUGCAAGAGAUCAUCAGCGUCUACAAUCUCUUGAGUCCGUCACAGCUUACCGCAGCCGCUUCGAACAGAGUCUGCAAUGCGCUGGCGCUUCUUCAGUGUGUCGCGUCGCACAAUGAGACUCGCACGUUGUUUCUGACUGCGCAUAUCCCCCUGUACCUCUAUCCCUUCUUGAACACGACGUCUAAGUCGCGGCCGUUCGAGUACCUCCGGCUCACUUCGCUCGGGGUUAUUGGGGCGCUCGUCAAGAACGACUCGUCAGAGGUUAUCAACUUUCUCCUCACCACCGAAAUCAUCCCGCUGUGUCUCCGCAUCAUGGAGACGGGCUCCGAACUCAGCAAGACCGUCGCCAUCUUCAUCGUCCAAAAAAUCCUGCUCGAUGAUAAUGGUCUCAACUACAUCUGCGCCACCUAUGAGCGGUUCUAUGCCGUUGGUACGGUUUUGAGUAACAUGGUCGCUCAAUUGGUGGAGCAACAGACCGCCAGACUGCUUAAGCAUGUAGUCAGGUGCUUCUUGAGGCUCAGCGACAAUGCCCGUGCGCGCGAAGCACUCAGGCAAUGCCUGCCUCAGCCACUACGCGACCAAACCUUCGCGGCCGUCUUGCGCGACGACGCCGCGACGAAGCGCUGCCUUGCCCAGCUUCUCAUCAACCUAUCCGAGAACGCCAUGGAGCCCACCGUUGGCCAGCUUGGACUUUAG